CUUCUUUACUUCUCUACAUCUCUACAUCUCUACAUCUCCCAAACACACAACAUCCAUCAUCAUCACUUCAGCCAUCCGUGGCAUACCUAUUUCCUCACCUACCCGCGACUCCGAUCCGAUCGUCAUUCAUCGCAAUGACGCAGCGAUCCAGAGGUUGGUGAACCUUCCAUCAAUGCGGUCCGGCGGUCUUACACACACCGAUACCAUCACAGAAUUUGUGUUGGUGUUGGCCUGGCGGUUUACACCGCCUUCCCUCCCUCCUUCCCCCUUCCCGACAAGUCGGGAUCAACAUAAGGACACCCCUUAUGCCCACGAUGGGCGAUGGCGGUGUCCUUGUGGGGAUUGUGGGUGGUGGAUCUCAAAAGCAGACAUCAAUCCACCAAAAGAGGUCAGAGGAUCGGCGCAGCCACGGAGGAUGGUCGCGGCCGCAGAUCAUGGGCAGUAGCUACUACAUGUGGUGGCUGCUGCUCAACAUCUGCGACCACUACAUGUGGUGGCUGCUGCUCAACAUCUGCGACCACUACAUGUGGUGGCUGCUGCUCAACAUCUGCGACCACUAUGUAUGGUGGCUGCUGCAGCAAAUGAUUACAUGCGACCAUUAUAUAUGGUGGUUGCUUUAUAUGAUGCUACGUAGCCACUACAUGUGGUGGCUAGCGCAGAUGAUCGAGAUUAUUCUCAGGAUGCAGCAGCUUUGUGAUCACGGGGCGCUGUGCGGAGAGAGGCUUGAGAGUCUCAUGAAGCUUUCAAGUAUCGACCGGGUGGAACUGACUCCAUGCUGGAGAUGGCUGUCGAAGCAGAGGAGGAUUGCAGCAUCGGUCUGCAGAGGGUGGCGGCAGCCACAUGGAUGAUGUCGGCUGCGAAAUCUGUCUGCAGAGGGCGGUGAUUUAUUGGGGAAUGGAGGAGGACUG